AUGGCGGCUCCGACGGUGGCGGUUGCUCGGCGAUGGCGACGGAGCAUCGGGUUGCUCCGCCAGAGCAUGGACCGACUCUGGCUCGGCUCCGUCAGACGACCUUCACCCGUACCUGUCGCUCUCACCUUGCCACCGCCGUUGUUGCUUUUUCCGGCGAGUUUACAACUCCGGAGCAUGUCUUCGUCGCCGGGGUUCCUGGUGUCGCCACCGUCGCCAUCGAAUUGCGGACGUCGGAGAGUUAAUGAGAGAGGUGCCGGUGAGAUUCAGAUUUUGCAAUCGCAGGGCCUGAGAGAGAGAGAGGAGAGAGAGAGAGAGAGAGACGUAAAAAGUGGAUCACAUUGGUUGGGAUGUGUUGUUGAUUUCUAG